GGACCCCGCAUAUACUGUCCGAUGUGCACAACCUGCCUGAAUCCCAUGGGCAGUGAUCAUGAGGAGGCCGUCACCGUGGCCAUCGAAGCGCCUGCACUCGAAGUUUUCAGGAUUGAGGAGCCGAAAAAAGAUGAGGAGGAGGAGGACGACGAGGAUAGCGAGGACGACUUCGACAAGAGCUCAGAGGCUCUUUGGCCGCUGGCAAAGCUUCAGGCUCAGCUGGAGGCCUUGUCUUUGGAGAGGCCAAGAUUGCAAGACAGGAAGCUGGCGGUGCUGCUGACCACCGGCGCAAUGAACCCGCCACACCGUGGGCAUGCGCAACUGCUGCGCCAGGCUUCAGAGCGCUUGACGAAAGCAGGCUUCGCGGUGGCGGGCGCCUGGCUUUCACCCUCCCACGACGGCUAUGUGCAGCCCAAGGCGCGGAAGCUGGGAACCAUCGGUCUUUCGGCGAGUUUCCGCCUGGAGGCGGCCGAGCGGACAGUAGGAGACGAUGCUUUGCUGGCAGUGGGCCGGUGGGAGGCCAUGAAGCCAGGCCGAUGGCCAGAUUAUCCAGAGGUCGCAGUUGCUCUUCAAAGGAAGUUGCGCGGCGUGGAGAAGGCCUGGCAGCUGCAGGACGGCUUCAAGGUCUUCUAUGCUUGUGGCACGGACCACGCGCAGAGCCGUGGCCUCUACCGGGGCUUCCUGACGGAGAGGGGCUUCGGCGUUGUCAUCGUUCCCCGCGCCGGCGAUGACGCCAGUCUGGAAGCGCCUGAGAGGUCCGUCUUCGUGGCGGACAGCAUCGAUGGGGAGGGCGCCAGCUUCAACUCCACCAUGGUGCGCUCCGCGCUGGAGAAGCACCGGAAAAGCGUGGUGAACCGCACGCUCUCCGGGGGCGCAGCUGACUUUAUGCUGCGGCCAAGUAGCCAGGACUAUUGUCUCUUCCAAGAAGACUUCAAGAAGCUUGGCAUUGAGCCACCGCACGAGUCGGAGACAGUCUGAGCAGUUUUCGCACAGUAAGUGCGCCCGAUUCGAGCUCGCUUGCCCCUUUUCAUGCCCAGCCAGUCAAGCCAC